AUGGCCACGCCAGUGGGUAUGAGUAUCGGUUGCGCGAUGCUCAAGGCGCCCUCGUACCCCAACUUUGGUUACACGGCCGAGGAGGUCUGCUGCACCUGUGGCGGCGGCACCGGCGUCACGGCCACCAAGACGACGCGGACCGCGAGUUCCACGGCCUCCACAUACACUUCCACGAUUACGUCCACCUCCAGCCUCUCGAGCACCAACUCGAUGUCCACGUCGUCGAGGACGUCCACGGGGACAACGAGGAGCGACACAUCGUCGACCACCGCCACAACUCACAGCGACACCUCCUCGACGCCGACGACGGACUCCUCGACGCUGAGCUUGUCAAGCUCGACCAGUGCGACCACCUCAUCUGACACCUCCAGUUGGUCCGAGACGUCCACCAGCACGAUCACGUUGAGCUCGUCGACGUCGGCCACCACGUCGACGACAACACGCACAAUGUCGACAGUAACCUUGUGUGCCGAUUACGUGCCAGAGAACGAGAGCAAAUGGCAUGACUCGCUCGGGGACCGGUACGACUGCGGAUGGUACGAAGGCAAUAGUGAACAUUGUGGAGAAUUUUCUGCGUUCCAGAAUCCGAAGUUUAAUAGGACUGCGAACGAGGCCUGCUGCGUGUGCGGUGGCGGUGUCCACCGCACGGAGACCGCCACAGCCACGACGACUUCCACGACCAUUCGGAGAAGGAAAAAGGCGUAA